AUGCGUACUCAAUCCACUCUCUUCUUCGCGCUGGCCGCUUUUUCUUCUACCGCAUUUUCCUCGCCUCUUACCGCCGAGAUUAAGGCAGCUAUUGUAGCUGUUGGACGAGACUUCAAUAACCUCUCAGAGCGUCAGGUCACUGAGAUUGUAGCAAUCGCAGAGAAAGCACAAGCCGAUGAUGAGCUUUCCAACAUUCAGGCGGCCUCAGCCGCUGUUCACUCUCAAAGAAGAGGUACACCAACAGCUGAGGAGAUUGACGCUCUUCUAGCUGCUAAUGCUGCCAGCCAUGACGGCGAGACUGUCGACAAACGAGAUGAUUAUGAGGAUAUUAGUCAAGAGGAAAUCGACGCUCUUCUUGCUAACGCCGCCAAUCACGGUUCCGCUACCGAGAAAAGACAAGACGAUUACGAAGACAUCAGCCAGGAAGAGAUCAACGCACUCCUUGCCAACGCUGCCAAUCAUGAAGGCGCCACUGAGAAGAGACAAGAUGAUUACGAGGACAUCACUCCAGAGGAAAUCAACGCUCUCCUCGCUAACGAGGCAAAUCACAACGGAGAUUCCACCGAGAAACGACAAGAAAUAAGCCAGGCGGAGAUUGACGCUCUUAUUGAGGCUAAUGCCGCAACUCAUGCCGGAGAGGCGGUUGACAAGAGACAGGAUGUUUCCCAAGACGAGAUCGACGCUAUUCUAGCCGCGAACGCAGCAAGCCACGCUGAUGAAACUACCUCUGACGAGAGUGGUGAAACAGAUGCGUCUGCACUGCAAGCUCAAUCUGAUGUUGUUCAUGCUAGCUCGAAGAGACAGCAGGUCACUCAGGAGGAAAUCAAUGCUAUCAUUGCUGCUAAUGAGGCAGCUCAUGCUGAUGAGACUACGGAUUAG